GAACUCUGCAUAUGUUCAUCAGAUCAAGUUGACUUGCAGCAGAGAUCUAUUUAUUGUCCUUCUGGCUGGACUCUGAUCAAGAAUCGUUGUUUCCGCUACGUUUCCAGACGCAUGAGUUGGGCAACAGCUGAGAAAAACUGUCUGGCCAUGGGGGCAAACCUCGCAUCAGUAGAUGAUAAACGAGUACCGUCGAAUUCAGGCUCUGAUAGUAAAAGCAAACCAAUGAUUUACACAAACUGGUGUCUGAAAGAACCUAAUAAUUAUAGAGGAAAACAGCACUGUUUGCAGAUGAACUGGACAGAUGUGUCUUGUUCCCUGAUUACCCUCCAUGUGUAUUUAAUCCCACCUGUURUCUUGGUCUCUUGCUGGAUCCUUGUCUACUGUCGAGUGUUGUCAUA